AUGGAAUUAUUGAUUGUUCUUGGAUUGUGUUUUGGAGCGUAUGAGUUAUUGGGUGUAUUUCAAGGUUGUUUUCAUUACAACGAACAUCCAUUACCAUAUCAACCUCAGGCUCAUAACCUAAAUAGUCUAAAUAAUAGCAGCAACAACGAUUCAAAAGAUAACGAGAACGAUAACGAUAACGAGCAAUCGGGUAGUGAGAAGGAGGAUGAUAAUAGAAUAGAAACAAUUGAGAGUCGACCAAAGAUACGUUCAUCAAAUGAUGAUGAAGAUGAGAUUGUAGACAACUUAAAGUCUGGACCAUGCAGUUGCUAUAGUACUGUAAAUGAAGACGAAUUUGAUGAUGAAACUCGUAUAAUUUUACGAAAUAGUUUAAAUAGAAAAGUGAAAAGGCAACGAAAGCCAAUAAACAAAUUCUCAUUAUCAACAUCAUUAAUGUCAUUGAGUCGUGACGAUUCAAGUUUUUUAUUUAAUUAUAUCGACGGUAAUAGCAACAAUAAAUUUCAAAAAUUCAAGAGUGAUAUUGAGAUAUCUGAGACAUCAUUUAAAGAUAGUAAUUAUAACGAAAAUUCAUACAACGAUAAUCGAAUCAAUAGAAAUUGUCGUGAGCACUUUGAUGUAUCAUCAUCGGACUUAGCUGAGACAACAACUGAUAACAACGAAGAUAUUAGCUGUAAUACGUCUGUGAAUUUGGAUACAAACAAAAAGAAGAUAUUCUUCAUAUCAGCUGCCUCAUAA